CUACCCCUCUUUCAAAUACUCUCCCACCACACCACACCACCCACCCACACACCACGAACCCCUCCAAAACUCCUCCCAUUUCCCAAAUUCCCCAAUCCCUACGUUUCAAGCUCUCCUCCCUUCCUCCCCAGAUUUUUCCAAAAAUGGAGGACUACAUGCGCGGCUGCACGCGGAAGCUGGCGCUCUGGUACACCCGCACCUUCAAGCCCAUCAUGACCCACGACGAGCUGGAGCCGAUCAUGGCGACCCUCGGCUUCGUGGGGCUUCCGCCGUCGUCGUCGGCCGCGGCGACGAAGGAGUACGUGUUCUCCUCAGCCGGAGGUUGGCGGAGCAAGUGGGCUCCCCCCGCGGAGGCGCCGCUACCGAGACCGAGGCUGCCGUACCCGAGAAUCGACGGGCUUCAUAUCUAUACGUACCGGGCUUUUAUUGACGCCGUUAACUUUUACCUCAGGAUGAGCGACAUCUCCGAUCUCUUCCAUGUAAGAGGCAUGCCGCUCCAUGAUCUCCAUCGAAUUAGCGACAGAAACCGGAAGUGGCGCAAAAUGGAAGAAGACGACAGUGUGUUUGUUUACAGAGAAGGAACACUAGAUCAGGCAACAUUCAAUCUGUAUCACUCUACUAAUAAGAACAUCAGCAACAGCACUGCCAGUAAUGGUAGCAGCGACAAUUCUAUUGUCAUUCGGGAGAAAGGCAACAACACCCCUGUCAGCUGCAUUGUUCCGUUGAAAGAUAUCAUAGUGUGAGCCUCAUACUUCAACAUCAAGGUUGUAACUUGAGAAAAACGGAAACACAGAAAACCUCACAGUGAUAUUCAUUUUAUAAACCCAAAAGUUUUGCUC